AUGGCUAUUGAAGAAGAAACUCCUGAUGUACCUGCUGCUGAUGCAAAAUGGGUUAAGGCAAACAAAAUGACUAUUCUAAUAAUGAGAAGGUCGAUUUCACCAUAUGUCAAGGGAAACAUUACACCAUCUGAUAAUGCUAAGAAGUUUAUUGAUUCUAUUGGAGAGAAAUUCCAGAAAUUGAAGAAGGCUGAGAUUGGAACUCUAAUGGGCAAUUCACUAAUGCAAAAUACAACGGUGAAAAGUGUAUGA